AUGGACGCAAUUAAGCAGACCUUUGCCAAGUGCAAGCAGGAGAAGCGCGCUGCUCUUGUGGCCUACAUUACCGCGGGAUAUCCCACCGUUGAUGAAGCUGUUGACAUCAUCCUCGGCCUCGAGAAUGGUGGAGCCGAUAUCAUCGAACUCGGUAUUCCCUUCACAGACCCCAUCGCCGACGGCCCCACCAUCCAGACUGCCAACACUAAGGCUCUUGAGAAUGGUGUUACUCUCACUAUGGUACUGGAGUUUGUUCGCACAGCCCGCCGCCGUGGCUUGAAGGCUCCCGUCAUGCUAAUGGGUUAUUUCAACCCUGUCCUUCACUACGGAGAAGAGCGUAUGCUUAAAGAUUGCAAGGAGGCUGGUGUGAACGGUUUCAUCAUGGUUGACCUGCCCCCAGAGGAGGCUGUCCGCUUCCGCGACCUCUGUGCCGAGAACAGCCUUUCAUACGUUCCCCUUAUUGCCCCUUCUACAUCCGACGAGCGUAUGCGUCUUCUCUGCAAGAUUGCCGACUCCUUCAUCUACGUCGUGUCCCGUAUGGGUGUCACUGGUGCCACCGGCAAGCUGAGCGACAAAAUUCCCCAGCUCCUGGCUCGAGUUCACGAAUACUCCGGUAACGUCCCUGCUGCAUUGGGAUUCGGUGUCAGCACCCGUGAGCACUUCCUGUCCCUCCAAGGCUUAGCCGAGGGCGUCGUUAUCGGCAGUCAGAUCAUCACCGUCGUUGGCCAGGCCCCUAAAGGCCAGGCCGCCAAGGCUGCCGAAGAGUACUUGUCCAGCGUUACUGGACGCAAGCGCGAACGUGAUGCUGCGGGCGCCUGGACUCGCGAAAUCAACACCAUCGAGGCCGUUGAGAAGGCCAUGGAAGAGGCCCAGCAGCAGCCUUCCCAUGACGCCCAGCCCACCAGGGUCAUCACUGAUGAUGACGUUCCUGCUGGACCUGGUCUUGCUGACCAGCUUGAAGCACUGAACGUGACCAAGGACCAAUUUGCCCUGCCAUCCCGCUUCGGUGCGUUCGGUGGACAAUAUGUCCCCGAGUCCCUCAUGGACUGCCUGGCGGAGCUUGAGCGCGGAUUCGAUACCGCCAACAAAGACCCCAAGUUCUGGGAGGAAUUCCGUUCUUACUAUCCCUACAUGGGCCGCCCCAGCAGCCUUCACCUGGCUCAACGUUUGACUGAACACGUUGGCGGUGCUAACAUCUGGUUGAAGCGUGAGGAUCUUAACCACACCGGAAGUCAUAAGAUUAACAACGCUCUUGGCCAAAUUCUGAUUGCCCGUCGCUUGGGCAAGACCCGCAUUAUUGCUGAGACUGGUGCUGGACAGCACGGUGUCGCCACCGCUACCGUUUGUGCCAAGUUUGGCAUGGCUUGUACCGUUUUUAUGGGCGCCGAGGAUGUUCGUCGCCAAGGCCUCAACGUCUUCCGCAUGAAGCUUCUUGGUGCCGAAGUCGUUGCAGUCGAGGCUGGUAGCCGUACUCUGCGUGAUGCAGUCAACGAGGCUCUCCGCGCCUGGGUUGUGGAGUUGGACACCACUCACUACAUUAUUGGUUCCGCCAUUGGUCCCCACCCCUUCCCUACCAUCGUCCGUACCUUCCAGUCCGUUAUCGGUGAUGAAACCAAGGAGCAGAUGCAGGCCCAAAUUGGCAAGCUCCCCGAUGCCGUUGUCGCCUGUGUUGGUGGCGGCAGCAACGCUGUCGGCAUGUUCUACCCCUUCUCAAACGAUCCUAGCGUCAAGCUUCUCGGCGUUGAGGCUGGUGGUGAUGGUAUCGACACCAACCGCCACUCCGCCACUCUGUCCGGUGGCUCCCACGGUGUUCUCCACGGUGUGCGCACAUACGUCCUGCAGAAUGAGCAUGGCCAGAUCUCGGAGACCCACUCCAUCUCAGCUGGUCUUGAUUACCCCGGUGUCGGACCUGAGCUUGCCAACUGGAAGGACAUGAACCGUGCCACAUUCAUUGCCGCCGACGACAGCCAGGCACUUGCUGGAUUCCGUGCUCUUGCUCAGCACGAGGGUAUCAUUCCUGCUCUGGAGUCUUCCCACGCUGUCUGGGGUGUCAUGGAGCUCGCCAAGACCAUGAAGAAGGGCCAGAACGUCGUUUUGAACGUUAGUGGUCGUGGUGACAAGGAUGUCCAGCAAGUUGCUGACGAACUUCCCCGUAUUGGCCCCAAGAUCGGUUGGGAUCUGCGCUUCUAA